AUGUCUUCGAUUAUUGAACUUUCGGAUAUAGAUGAUUAUAAUGAGAAAGACUUAAUUAAAAUGAGAGAGAAUAAUAGUGAUAGCGAAAACGAAUUAGAAAGCGAAGAAACAUUAGCUUUCUUUACUUCUCAACUGCGAGUUCCCAAAGUUAUAUAUACAACUGUUCCUAUAGAAUAUCCAGAUACAUCUUCAGAAGGAGUUGCAACCGUUUACAAUGUAACUGGAUGGAAAAAUCAUACAGACGCGUUUUCAGAUAUUCAAUAUUCAACAAAUGGUUCAGGCGGUACCACAAAUAUUCAAGAAUGCCCUUUUUUUGGAGGAAUACCCGUUAAAAAAAAUCAAAGAAAAUGCCAAGGAAUAAAGUUUUGUCAGUUCACUGAUCCUGAACUUGUUAAUCAAGAACACUGUAGUGUUGAUUUUGAUUCUGAAAUUUUUCAACAUUAUACACAACAAAAUAAUAAUAAUACUAAAGAAGCUAAGACAUAUACUUUAUUUUUGGCAGCAAAAGAUACUCCUUGUAAUUUCAAAAAAGACAAUAUCCCAUGCAAUGGAGGACCUCAUAUUGGAAGAAUAACUAAUUAUCAAACAAAUAUUGUAUCAUAUUUUAUCGGUUGCAACAAAUACAAACAAGGUGAUAAGUGGCAUCGAUAUAUCAAAAUAAAACAAGAUGAAGUUGAUAUUUCAUUACUUCAAAGUCUAUUCACAGGUUCUGCAUCUGUAAGUAUUAUUUAUUUCUCAUUAUUAUUUUUUUUGUCAAAUUGGAAAUUAUAA